AUGCGUAACAUUGGACCAUGUCAAAAUCCUCUUGGACUAUUUUUAUUAAUACAAGUUCUUAAACUUUAUUGUUUUGUUAAGAGACUUGAAUCAUGUCCUCGUCAUGAAAAUGCCAAAAAAUAUAUGUGGAAUGGAUUUGAUUGUAUUUUGGCUUUUGGCGUUAAAGGUGAUGCUAAUGUUGGAGCCGCAUUCAUUGAUACUUUACAACUUGCAAGAGUAAAUAAAGACUCUGUUGGCGUUGACUAUGAACAUACAUAUCGAUGA